UUUUUUGAAAAUGUUAACGGACAUAAUUAUCGUACGACGCAUGUCAUGACGUCACGGAGUCACAGUGCGCAGUUAGCUGGGCGACCCGGCACUGCCCGGCAUGCGCCGAUACGUUCUUCAUGUGUUUUGUGUCGUUCCGUGCGUACUUCUUCUAUUUAAAAUGAGCUUCGUGUGAGGAAUGAAUGCUAUAGGAUUGUCGGGAACAUAAAAUCUGGCAAAAUGAUUGUCGUGGAGUAACGUGUGCGAUAUUCUUGUUAAUUGCCGACCGUUUUGUUUAAUAAUUUAUAUAUACUUAUAAAAGUGAUGAAAAUUAAGGAAGAAUACGAUAGACCGAACAUGUAUAUUCGAAUACAAGUAUAAUUGAACAAUCGCUAUGUCGUUCACAUUCACUCUCUGAUAUGUAAGAUAAAACUAUAGAACAAGAAGAUAGAAAUAUGGUAACAGUUAAUUAACGCACGGCUUAGCGAUGCAAAAACAUCGCGACCGUUUUUUUGAAAAUGUUAACGGACAUAAUUAUCGUACGACGCAUGUCAUGACGUCACGGAGUCACAGUGCGCAGUUAGCUGGGCGACCCGGCACUGCCCGGCACGCGCCGAUACGUUCUUCAUGUGUUUUGCGUCGUUCCGUGCGUACUUCUUCUAUUUAAAAUGAGCUUCGUGUGAGGAAUGAAUGCUAUAGGAUUGUCGGGAACAUAAAAUCUGGCAAAAUGAUUGUCGUGGAGUAACGCGUGCGAUAUUCUUGUUAAUUGCCGACCGUUUUGUUUAAUAAUUUAUAUAUACUUGUAAAAGUGAUGAAAAUUAAGGAAAAAUACGAUAGACCGAACAUGUAUAUUCGAAUACAAGUAUAAUUGAACAAUCGCUAUGUCGUUCACAUUCACUCUCUGAUAUGGCAGUAGUACGUGGAGACAUUUUACAAUUACAGAAAACAUGUCUUUUCUCAGAUUUUUUUCUGUUCUGACAAUAAUUUUUAUCAUAUGCUUGUUUAAAUUACCCACCAAAAAUAUCUGUUGUUAUAACAUAGUUCAAGAUGAAGUUGCACGUAGAGGCGCCACUAAAUCCUAAAAGAAGAUCAAAGGUAUCUCAAAUCUUACCAGCACAAAAAGAAGGACUAUUUGUGACCUUUGGAGAACCCUCGAGAAAAGAAGCACGUAGAUUAUAAAUUUUAUGCUUUUUAAGUAUAAAAGCAGUGAUAAUAAAAAAUAAUAAUGGCAUCGAUAACUAGAUUAGUGAAUUCCUUUGACGUGAAUUCGAAGGAAUUCGAAUCGUUGGUGCACGAUUUGGUUAUUGAUAACAACGAUGUGCCAUUUGAUAGCCACGAGGUCAACGCUGUGCAAAAUAUUUUUAUAAAAAGUGUUAAUUCUCGUAUAAAUCAAGUAGGAUGUGACUUUCUACCUAUCUUAAACAGAAUUUUGCCUAUAUGUUCCAAAGAUACUUUUGCAAAAUAUGGUUUGUUUUGGAUAGUCAAUGCUAUUAAAGUACUAGAAAAUGUACAUAGCAGUACACAAGAUUUAAUACUGGCAUGUAAAGUAUUAGGAGUUUUAGUUGAGCAUUGCAAGGAGAUUCCAGAUUUGCACAAGCAGAUCUCUAUGCAACACGUCAAACAGCUUAUAAAUAUUCUUGGUGCAUUGCAACCAGUAAAAUGUGGAGCAAUUUAUUAUUUGAUGGCUGUUCUGCUUUAUCAUUAUUCUGAAGUUUGUGAAAGAUUUCAGGAACUGAUAAGGAAAAUGAUAUUAUUACAAAUUGAUUCUAUGCAAGAAAAUUUAGUUAAUGCUAGUGCAAGAUGCUAUAUUCUUUUGUCCAAAGCGACAGAGCGUUCAUUUAAACCACCACCAUCUAAAUCCAUUUAUACUGCAACAACAUAUAAUGAAGUAUUGCUUUGUAAUAACUUGCAUGUUAUAAUGGAUGAAUUAUUCUCUGGUUUAAUGGAGCUGGAAAGUGUAGAUAUCUGGGAUCAAUUAGAAUUACCACCUAUUUCUAAUAAAGAUGCAGUACAGUACUAUAACGGGCAGAAACAAAGAUUCACAAAUCUAUGCAUUUAUCUCUCCUCAAUGUUGCAUGGAUACGAAGCAAGAAAUUCUGUUCUGCCUCAUGAUAUUCUAGGAGUUUUAUGUCGAGGAUUGGCGAUAACUCCAUUAAAUUUAAUGAAUAAAACUUCAUUCAAGGAACAAAUGCUAUACAUUAUUUUACCAAAAUUGCAUAUUAAUUUACUCACAGUUUUAGAUGCAUUUAUAAAUGGAUUUGCUCAGGAGCUAGUACCGUAUGGGGCAACCAUAUUACAGUUAUUCCAACAAACAUUGCAGUGGACAAGUGUCGUCUCAGCUAAUCAAAUGACACUUAGUGAUAGUAAACCUUUUAAGAAUGUCAGGAUACACACGUACAAAUGUCUUUGCUCAUGGCUGAUUAAUAUGAGUACAUUGUCAGGAAUAGAGAUAAUUGGAAAUGAUUUUAUUACGGGCAUAUUGAAGGAUGUAACACCAGAACGAGAGUGUAUAUUAUUAUCUGUGCAACCAAAACAUUUGUCUAAACGAGCGAUAAAACGUUUUAAACGUAGUCAGUAUGAAAAUAGUGCGAUAUUGAAUAACGGAGAAAGUUCUACUAAAAAAGUAUGUCUAGAUGCAGAUUUAUGUAGAGAGGCUCUUAUCGUUUUGCAAAACAUGUUUUACAGUGGUAGCGUUCUGCUGAAACAAACAUUUUACAAGAACGUGCAGAAUACCGUAAUAACCUUAUUGUACAAUAUUUAUCUCGGUGCUGCUGAACAGAAUUUUUAUAAAGAUCAUAAUGUAUGCCGCUUGGAACUAUUUAAAGUAUUAAAAGCUUUACAAAUGAAUCCACAUGUUGCAUUAGCAUUUCCCAUACAAUAUUAUCUAGAAAUAUCGCAUAUAGCCGCUUAUGAUAUCGAUUUAAGUAUUGCUCAAGAAGCAAAACUCACAUUAGCCGAGUUGGAAAAAAUUAUACAUCCUACUGCACCUACGUUACAGUUACCUCGGCAACAGGAAUCUGAUGAACUUAUUCCUGAAACUCAAGUAGAAGACGCUAUUACUAGCAAUAGAAUAGAAGCUACUACUAACAAUGAAAUAGAAAAAGCUACAACUAGCAACAAUGAGAUAGAAAUAGCUACUACUAGUACAACAGAUAAAAGAAAGGCUGAAGAAGAGAUUUCUCAUGAUGCAGAUACAUUACUAUCUAUACAUAAACGACCCAGAAUAAUUGCGAUUGAAAUAAUACAGAAUGAAAAUGUUACAGAAUUAACAGAAGGGAAUAAUGGCAUGGAUAUAAAUAAAUCUCAGGCAGAUGAUAAUUCAUGUCGACCAAAUGUAAUUCAUAUUGAUCCAAUUCAGACUGAAUAUGAAUUAGAAGAACAAGACGAAACACAAAAGAAACAAAAUCAGCUACAUAUUGAUACAAUUUCAAAUGCUACUACUGAAAAUAGAGUGGAAUGUGAAUUAGAUACGCAAAUUACUACAAAAGAACAACACGAGCAAUCUGAAAAUUCGAAAUCAUAUAUUGAUAAAAGAAACAAAAAAGUAGAAGAAAGUUCUAAAAUCAAAGAAAAAGUACAAAAAAAGGCAUCUCAAGAUAAUAUGAAUGAAUGGGAAGAGAUGGAUGAUGAAGUACUAAACUCUUUAAGUUUGUUUCACGAUGAGGUAAAAUCAAACAAUUAGAUGAUUUUAUUUCAUAUGUACUUUUACAAUAAAAAAAAAAUGCAUAAACAUGUGUUAUGAAUAAUUCAACCGCCAAAUGGUAU